UGUUCUUCAGAUUGACUGAAAUAAGCCUGUUCAGGGCAGACGGCAAACAAACCACGUCCCACCGGGUAGUAUAUCCUACUUAUGCGUAACGGCAGGAAAACUUAUCUAUUUAGCCGCUACUACUACGCGAUCCAAAUUCCCGUUCGCAUUUUUAGGAUAUAAGCUAACUGGGGAGCUAAGGUGGACUUGUCUGAUGUUUUUCACUACAUUUUUUUCGGUGUGGGUUAAUAAACCAGCCGGAUAUCGGUAUUAUAAGAUGAAAUACCCUCCAUUUUACGAAGUCGCAAAAAAGCGCAAAGCCAGACAGUCUCAGGGAAGCCCCGAUUAUGGGAUUACACGUUAUAACAAUGGUGUAAUUAUGAAGUUUAUAACAGAGUUCCGUGUCCGUGCCGUGCGUGUCCCUGUAGUUAAACGUAGGAGCUGAACGGGAUUUAUUUGGUGCUGAAAGAACAGCUCCGCCAGAUCCUCCGGGACGGAACUGGUUGUCUGCCCAAAUGUCAACAAGACAGACGUAUUGGAAUGUAAAAAGGGUGGCUUCAAAUCUGAAAAACGAAUGCAAGAAAUGUAAAAUGCAAAACAAAACCAGGCUUUUAGAUUCACAUUUUAUUUGGUGCCUUUGCCUGUUGCGAACGCGCUAGACGCGUAAUUUAAUGCAUUGCAUUGGGGUACAGAAAAUAAAAACUUGAAAUAUAAAAUAAAUAAAAACAAUGUGUAGGAAGAAUUCUGUUGCGAAUAUUACGAAGAACCGGAAUCAACAGCGCAAACCGAGCGAUGGGCAAGAUCGACGACAAUGAGAGGAUAAUCCUCAACGUGGGGGGAACCCGGCACGAGACGUACCGGAGCACGCUGAGGACGCUGCCCGGCACGCGCCUCGCCCUGCUCGCCUGCGUCUCCGACGGGGAUUCCGCGACCGCGCUCCUGCAACAAGUAUCCGGCUUCAUUGAGUUCAACCCGAAAAGCAACGAGUAUUUCUUCGACCGGCACCCCGGGGUUUUCGCCUACGUGCUCAACUACUACAGGACGGGGAAGCUCCACUGCCCGGCCGACGUCUGCGGUCCCCUCUUCGAGGAAGAGUUAUCCUUCUGGGGUAUAGAUGAGACCGACGUGGAGCCGUGCUGCUGGAUGACCUACCGGCAGCACAGGGACGCCGAGGAGGCGCUCGACGUGUUUGAUAUUAACGUGGAGAACUGCGACGGAGAAGAAGACGAGCUGGGCAUCGAGGACGUUGAGACCGGCGAAGGCAGCUUGGGUCGCUGGAAAAAGUGGCAGCCGGUGAUUUGGAAUUUGUUUGAAGAUCCUUAUUCUUCCAGGGCUGCGAGGUUUAUAGCCUUUGCAUCCUUAUUCUUCAUCCUCGUGUCUAUCACCACCUUCUGCCUGGAGACCCAUGAGGCGUUCAACACGAUAGUCAACAAGACAGAACUAAUAAAGAAUGACAGCCAAGGGGACCACGGCCCACAGAUCGAGAUCGAGACAGACCCGGCGUUGACAUAUGUGGAGGGCGUCUGCGUGCUGUGGUUCACCUUUGAGUUCCUGGUGCGCGUCAUCUCAUGCCCAGACAAGCUCGAGUUUGUCAAGAGCCUCUUGAACAUCAUAGACUUUGUGGCCAUUCUGCCCUUCUACCUGGAGAUGAGCCUGAGUGGGCUCUCCUCCAAGGCCGCCAAGGACGUGCUGGGAUUCCUGCGGGUGGUCCGCUUCGUGCGGAUCCUCAGGAUCUUUAAGCUGACCCGCCACUUCGUCGGCCUCCGGGUCCUGGGCCAUACACUGCGAGCCAGCGUCAAUGAAUUCCUGCUCCUCAUCAUCUUCCUGGCGUUGGGCGUGCUCAUCUUUGCAACCAUGAUCUAUUACGCCGAGCGCAUCGGUGCCCAUCCCAAUGACCUCACAGCCAGUGACCACACCCACUUCAAGAACAUCCCCAUUGGGUUCUGGUGGGCGGUGGUGACAAUGACCACCCUCGGCUAUGGCGACAUGUACCCCCAGACGUGGUCAGGCAUGUUGGUGGGCGCCCUCUGCGCACUGGCGGGGGUGCUGACCAUCGCCAUGCCCGUGCCCGUCAUCGUCAACAACUUUGGGAUGUAUUACUCGCUGGCUAUGGCCAAGCAGAAGCUGCCCAAGAAGAGGAAGAAGCACAUUCCUCAGACGAUUCACGGCGGGUCACCCACGUGCUGCAAGUCAGAGCACAACAUGGCGUGCAACAGUACCCAGGGUGACCUCUGCCUCAACAAGGUCAACAGGGCAUUGGAGCACAACAGAUCAGUCUUGACAGGUGACUGCAGCAGGGAAACUGACCUCACCAUGUCCCCAGAGGACAGCCACCCCACACGCAGGUCCAGUGCCCAGGACCGGCACGUCCACAGCGGAAGGGCCUGUUACUUGCUGGCCACCAGCGACUACACGUGCUCCAGUGAUGGAGGGAUCCGGAAAUCAGGUGCGCAGGUUCCUCACACGGUCCGUGGACGUGCUUUAGACCCGAGGUCUCACUGAUCGCCCCGGCAGGCACUGUCCUCUCCGGCAUCCCAUCCCCACCUUAGGGACAGCUCAGUGUCCUUUUCUUCCCCAUGAAGCAGCACUACAUGCAAAGCUAUAUGUCAAACAUGCAUAACUGCACCUCAGCUUCCUGCAUCCUACAUCCUUAAUCACCCCAGGAAAGAAAACUCACUCACAAGAACCAGAACAUUGGUUAGUAAUAGAACCAUGUGGGACCGCGGGCGACACCAGGGGGCUGUUGAAGCCCCUCGGGACCACAUGCUAAGCAGCCUCAGUACAGUUACUUCACAUACGCACGAACUGUGUACUAUAUGUGAUGUCAUAAUGUGGGGCUAUCGUUUCAGACCUUAUAGAAUAUGUAUUAUAUUACUUGCAAAUCAAGAGUGACUCCUAAGGACGUACAGCUAGCUAAUUCAGAGCUUCCCAAGCCGGUCCUCGGGGGCCCCCAGACAGUCCACGUUUUUGUUCCCUCCCAGUUGGAGCGGAAACGGGAACCUUCUGGAGGUCCCUGAGGACCGGGUUGGGAAACACCAAACUAAUUAUCAUAGUCAGGAUUACAUCAGUACUUCCCUUCCUAGAAAGCGCCCUCUGCGGGUCACGUCACCAGUAUAUUCUGAUAUUUAGAAAUUCUGUGUAAUGUCAUUGUGAAUAAAGAGGUUCGUAUAAAGAACUAUGUAACAAAAAUGUUUUAAUGCCUCAGUAGGCCAAAAAAGUCCUCUAUCCAUAUCAAAACUUCAUCUCAGGUUUCUUCAAAGAUAAUGUUUAAUUAGAGACAGUGCUUUCUUGAGAGGCUUCAUUAAACUAUAAUAAAUUACUUACACUAAAACUCUAACAGCCUCUGAAGACAGAGAUUUGAAGCCAGCGAGGCAGAUCUAGCUGAGCAAAUGUGAAUUUCGCUUGCAGAAGGAAAUAUCAGACUCAUUCAAUUCUGCUUUACAUUAAAUUAACUAAAAAGAAGCGUCUAAAAAUGUCUCCCAGAUCCUUAAGUGUUUGAACCCAUCUGGCUCAGAGAGAUUUAGGCUCUGUAGUUAGGUGGUCCUCGUGUGCUGUACAGCGGGCGAUCUGAACCAACAUCCAGCCUCCUGAAACCACACGCCGUGGGUGACGAGGCCUCCCCACACCCCCCCCCCCCACCCCCCGAGACAUCUCACCAGAUGACCUCCGUGCGACAUAAUGACAUGGAGCCACAUCCUGCACAAAAACAGCCACAGAUCACCAUGCCUGUCUCUCCAUCAGUCCAUCUCCAACUGCCCUCAGAUCUUUCAGCAGGCUGGAUCUCGUAGGGGAGGCAUAAAGGACCACGUCAGUGUGACACUGCUGCUUGACAUGGUAUUACCUUUACCUUUUUAGGUAACUAGUUCAGUGUUGGUACCAAAACCAGCUACCCUCUUGAAAUGACUGCUUCAGAGCCCAAACUGUCCUACUGAUGAUGUUCAAGCCAGAGAUCAUCCUAAUCCAAGUUGACAAGAGAGACAGACUUGAGUGAUAACGAUAGCGUGUGGGUGUACAGUCAAUACUCUGAGUAAUGUGUGAAUAUUAAUUGCUGUACUGCCAAUAGAACAUGUAAAAUGAUAGAAAUUAAUAUUUUUGAGUCAAAAUGUGAUUAUUUUAUUAAUGUAAUUUUCAUCAUUUACUGUAAGUGUGUAAGUUCUGGCUAUGUUUGGAUUUGACUUGAAGUGGAUAAUAUGUAGCAUUCAUAACGCUUAAACAAGCCUAAAUAUGUAUUAUAUACAAUGUUUCCAAUCACGUGAAAUGCAAAACCAUGGAGUCUAGUGGAUGUGCUGUGAAUGCUACAGUACGUGGUUUUUUUCUGGUUUGAUUUUGUUUUCAUCACUCGGUUGGACUAAUGCAAAUGAAUCACAAUACCGUCGGACUUCUGGACGAAAUGUCAUCUAAUUGCUAUGGAAAAAAGCUGAAUCAAGUUUUAAAUGAUUAUUGAUGAACAUGGAACAUGUAAAAUGAUGUGUCAUAUGGAAAUCCGACUGAAAAGUCCUGCUUUACAUCAUGUAUACCCUAUCUAGUUCAUCCAGUCAUAAAUAAUUACAUGUUAAUUAAUGGAUAUUUGCCUGUCAAACCACAGUUCCACAGUUUAUGCAUGACGUCUGUAGCAUUACAGUUUGUGUGCUUG